AGCUGUGCAGCCCAGGUUUGCCUGCGACGACUCCGCCUCCUCCCCCUUUGCAUAGCGAUCUCCCUCGAGGAAAUCGCCAAAUCCCUCAUACUCCUUUUUCCUAUUUCAUUAACUUGUAAAAUCUAGUCACCAUGGUUAACUUCACCAUGGCCCAGAUUCGGGAACUUAUGGACCGCCCGACCAACAUCCGUAACAUGAGUGUUAUCGCUCACGUCGAUCACGGAAAGUCGACGCUCACGGACUCGUUGGUCUCGAAGGCCGGUAUCAUUGCGAACUCGAAGGCUGGAGACAUGCGUUUCACGGACACGCGAGAUGACGAAAAGGAGCGCGGUAUCACCAUCAAGUCUACCGCCAUUUCCAUGUACUUCGAGGUCGACAAGGAAGACUUGAGUGCCAUUAAGCAGAAAACCGAGGGUAACGAGUUCCUGAUCAACUUGAUCGAUUCUCCGGGGCACGUUGACUUCUCUUCGGAAGUCACGGCCGCUCUCCGUGUCACCGAUGGUGCCUUGGUCGUCGUCGACUGUGUUGAGGGUGUCUGUGUGCAGACGGAGACCGUGCUCCGUCAGGCGCUCACUGAGCGUAUCAAGCCCGUCGUGGUUAUCAACAAGGUUGACCGUGCUCUCCUCGAGUUGCAGGUCGACAAGGAGGAGCUCUUCCAGUCCUUCCGUCGCACCAUCGAAAACGUGAACGUCAUCAUCUCGACGUACCACGACGCCGCUCUUGGCGACGUCCAGGUCUACCCCGAAAAGGGUACCGUCGCUUUCGGUUCUGGUCUGCACGGAUGGGGCUUCACUCUCCGUCAGUUCGCGAACAGAUACUCGAAGAAGUUCGGUGUCGACAAGGAGAAGAUGAUGGCCAAGCUCUGGGGCGACAACUACUUCAACCCUACCACCCGCAAGUGGACCACCAAGGACACCGACAACGACGGCAAGCAACUCGAGCGUGCCUUCAACAUGUUCGUGCUCGACCCGAUCUUCAAGAUCUUCGACGCCGUCAUGAACUUCAAGAAGGAUGCCAUUGGUCCCAUGCUUGAAAAGCUCGACAUCAAGCUGGCUCAGGAGGAGCGUGACCUCGAAGGCAAGGCCCUCCUGAAGGUCGUCAUGCGCAAGUUUUUGCCCGCUGGUGACUCCAUGUUGGAGAUGAUUGUCAUCAACCUCCCCUCGCCCAAGACCGCGCAGCGCUACCGUGUCGAGACCCUCUACGAGGGCCCCAUGGACGAUGAGUCCGCCAUCGGUAUCCGCGAGUGUAACCCUGAGGCUCCUCUCGUCCUGUACGUGUCAAAGAUGGUGCCGACGUCCGACAAGGGUCGUUUCUACGCCUUCGGUCGUGUCUUCUCCGGUACCGUCCGCGCCGGCCCCAAGAUCCGUAUCCAGGGCCCCAACUACGUCCCGGGCAAGAAGGAUGACUUGUUUGUCAAGGCGGUGCAGCGCACCGUCCUCAUGAUGGGACGUUACGUCGAGCCCAUUGAGGACUGCCCGGCUGGUAACAUCGUCGGUCUCAUCGGUAUCGACCAGUUCCUGCUCAAGAGCGGUACUCUCACGUCGUCCGAGACCGCGCACAACAUGAGGGUCAUGAGGUUCUCCGUGUCCCCUGUCGUGCAGGUCGCCGUCGAGGUCAAGAACGCUGCGGAUCUGCCAAAGCUUGUCGAGGGUCUCAAGCGUCUCUCGAAGUCCGACCCGUGUGUCCAGGCAUGGAUCUCCGAGACUGGUGAGCACAUCGUCGCCGGUGCUGGUGAGCUCCACUUGGAGAUUUGUUUGAAGGAUCUCCAAGAGGACCACGCUGGUGUCCCCCUGAAGAUCUCGGACCCUGUCGUCCCCUACCGUGAGACUGUCAAGACCGAGUCUUCGAUCGUCGCUCUGUCCAAGUCGCAGAACAAGCACAACCGUCUCUACGUGAAGGCGAUGCCCAUCGAUGAGGAGCUCACGCUCGCCAUCGAGGCUGGCAAGGUCAACUCGCGCGACGACUACAAGAUCCGUGCGCGCCUCCUCGCGGAUGAGUACGGUUGGGACGUGACGGACGCGCGUAAGAUCUGGUGUUUCGGCCCGGACACGACUGGCCCGAACAUGCUUGUCGACGUGACGAAGGGUGUGCAGUACCUGAACGAGAUCAAGGACUCGUGUGUGGCUGCGUUCCAGUGGGCGACGAAGGAGGGUGUCUGUGCGGAGGAGAACAUGCGUGGUGUCCGCGUGAACGUGCUCGAUGUCACGCUGCACACGGACGCGAUCCACCGUGGUGGAGGACAGAUCAUCCCGACAUGUCGUCGUGUCUGCUACGCCGCAUGUUUGCUCGCGACGCCAGGUCUGCAGGAGCCCGUCUACCUUGUUGAGAUCCAGUGCCCCGAGAACGCGAUCGGCGGUAUCUACAGUGUGCUCAACAAGCGCCGUGGCCAGGUGUUCAGCGAGGAGCAGCGUGUCGGCACGCCGAUGUUCACGGUCAAGGCGUACCUGCCCGUCAUGGAGUCGUUCGGCUUCAACGGCGAGCUCCGCUCACAAACCGGUGGCCAGGCGUUCCCGCAGAGCGUGAUGGACCACUGGGAGCUGAUGAACGGCUCGCCGCUCGACAAGGGCAGCAAGCUCGAGGAGCUGGUGAGGAAUAUCCGAGUACGCAAGGGUCUCAAGCCCGAUAUCCCGUCUCUCGACACGUACUACGACAAGUUGUAAGGUGUCCGUCGCCGCAGAAGCAAACCAUCCUGUGUCAUUACGGUGUUCCACGAGUUUCCUGUCAGCAUUAGCCCGCACGAUGUUGUAUCCCUUUGACGAUCCUUUCAAUGCAUUUUUUCUCUCUUCGUGU